AUGAAUUACCCGGGCCGCGGGUCUCCGCGGAGCCCUGAGCAUAACGGCCGGGGCGGCGGCAACGCAGCCUGGGAGCUGGGCUCAGAUGCGGAGCCGGCGUUCGGCGGCGGCGUGUGCUGCUUCGACCACCUGCCCGGCGGGGACCCGGGCGACGGCGAGGUGCCCCUGGCCCUGCUGCGCGGAGAGCCGGGGCUGCACUUGGCGUCGGGCGCGGAGGACCACAACCACCACCUGACGCUCGACUCCUGUCUCAGUGAUGAGACCUACGACUUCAGCUCCGCGGAGUCCGGUUCUUCGCUGCGCUACUACAGCGAAGGCGAGAGUGGCGGCGGCGGCAGUUCCUCGUCGCUGCACCCGCCGCCCCAGCCGCCGCUGGUCCCGUCGAGCGCUGGGGGCAGCGGGGCGGCGGGAGGAGGGCUCGGGGAGAGGAAGCGCACCCGGCCUGGCGGCGCGGCCGCCCGGCAUCGCUACGAGGUAGUGACCGAGCUUGGCCCGGAGGAGGUUCGCUGGUUCUACAAGGAGGACAAGAAGACCUGGAAGCCCUUCAUCGGCUAUGACUCGCUCCGCAUCGAGCUCGCUUUCCGAACGCUGCUGCAGGCCACGGGUGGCUUGCCCCGGGCCGGGGACCCGGACGGCGACCCUGUGUGCGGCCCAGCCUCCAGCUCGGGGGAGGACGACGAUGAGGACCGCGUCUGCGGCUUCUGCCCGCGCGGCGCGGGGCACGAGCCCGAGAUGGAGGAGCUGGUGAACAUCGAGCGGGUGUGUGUGCGGGGCGGCCUGUACGAGGUGGAUGUGACCCAAGGAGAGUGCUACCCGGUGUACUGGAACCAGGCUGAUAAAAUACCAGUAAUGCGUGGACAGUGGUUUAUUGAUGGCACUUGGCAGCCUCUAGAAGAAGAAGAAAGUAAUUUAAUUGAGCAAGAACAUCUCAGCUGUUUUAGAGGUCAGCAGAUGCAGGAAAAUUUUGAUAUUGAAGUGUCAAAAUCCAUAGAUGGAAAAGAUGCUAUUCACAGUUUCAAGUUGAGUAGAAAUCAUGUGGACUGGCACAGUGUGGAUGAAGUGUAUCUUUACAGUGAUGCAACAACUUCUAAAAUUGCAAGGACAGUUACCCAAAAACUGGGAUUUUCUAAAGCAUCAAGUAGUGGGACUAGACUUCAUAGAGGUUAUGUAGAAGAAGCCACAUUAGAAGACAAGCCAUCACAGACUACUCAUAUUGUAUUUGUUGUGCACGGCAUUGGACAGAAAAUGGACCAAGGAAGAAUUAUCAAAAAUACAGCCAUGAUGAGAGAAGCUGCAAGAAAAAUAGAAGAAAGGCAUUUUUCCAACCAUGCAACACAUGUUGAAUUUCUGCCUGUUGAGUGGCGGUCAAAACUUACUCUUGAUGGAGACACUGUUGAUUCCAUUACUCCUGACAAAGUACGCGGUUUAAGGGAUAUGUUGAACAGCAGUGCAAUGGACAUAAUGUAUUAUACUAGUCCACUUUAUAGAGAUGAACUAGUUAAAGGCCUUCAGCAAGAGCUGAACCGAUUAUAUUCCCUUUUCUGUUCUCGGAAUCCAGACUUUGAAGAAAAAGGGGGUAAAGUCUCAAUAGUGUCACAUUCCUUGGGAUGUGUAAUCACUUAUGACAUAAUGACUGGCUGGAAUCCAGUUCGACUCUAUGAACAGUUGCUACAGAAGGAAGAAGAGUUGCCUGAUGAACGAUGGAUGAGCUAUGAAGAACGACAUCUACUGGAUGAACUCUAUAUAACAAAGCGACGACUGAGAGAAAUAGAAGAACGGCUACAUGGAUUGAAGGCGUCAUCCAUGACACAAACACCUGCCUUAAAAUUUAAGGUUGAGAAUUUCUUCUGCAUGGGAUCCCCAUUAGCGGUUUUCUUGGCAUUGCGUGGCAUCCGCCCAGGAAACACUGGAAGUCAAGACCAUAUUUUGCCCAGAGAGAUUUGUAAUCGGUUACUGAAUAUUUUUCAUCCAACAGAUCCAGUGGCUUAUAGAUUAGAACCAUUAAUACUGAAACACUACAGCAACAUUUCACCUGUCCAGAUCCACUGGUAUAAUACUUCUAAUCCUCUACCUUAUGAGCAUAUGAAGCCAAGCUUUCUCCACCCAGCAAAAGAACCUACCUCAAUUUCAGAGAAUGAAGGCAUUUCAACAAUACCAAGCCCUGUGACCUCACCAGUCUUGUCCCGUCGACACUACGGGGAAUCUAUAACAAACAUAGGCAAAGCAAGCAUAUUAGGGGCUGCUAGCAUUGGAAAGGGCCUUGGAGGGAUGUUGUUCUCGAGAUUUGGACGCUCAUCUACAUCACAGCCAUCUGAGACAUCAAAAGACUCAAUAGAAGACGAGAAGAAGUCACUUGGCUCGCUUCCCACUACCACUGUUGCAACACAGACCCUUCCACAUAGCAGCUCUGGCUUUCUGGAUUCUGCAUAUUUCAGACUUCAGGAAUCGUUCUUUAAUCUCCCACAACUUCUUUUUCCGGAAAAUGUAAUGCAGAAUAAAGAUAAUACCCUCGUGGAAUUGGAUCACAGAAUUGAUUUUGAACUCCGAGAAGGCCUUGUGGAAAGCCGCUAUUGGUCAGCUGUCACAUCUCAUACCGCCUAUUGGUCAUCCUUGGAUGUUGCCCUCUUUCUUUUAACCUUCAUGUACAAACAUGAGCACGAUAAUAAUGCAAAACCCAAUUUAGAUCCAAUCUGA